AUGUGCCUCUUAUCAUCUCACAACCUAGCAUUUGCAAAAUUAUUGGCACAAAUAAUAAGAUUAAGGGCGCAAUUUCCAGAUUAUCCUAUUAAGGUUAUUCGCCUCAAUAAUGCUGGAGAAUUUACAUCACAAGCUUUUGAUGAUUAUUCAAGACCAUUGCUUAUGAAAACAAAAUUGUCUACUACUGUUUGGGAUCAUGCUAUCUUACAUGCAGCAUCACUUGCCUUUGGUUCAAAGGAUAAGAAUCCUAGAAAAAGAAGCACAAAAAAUGAUAAAGAUGGUAUUAUAAAAGAUUCUCCUGAAGAGACUCCAAAUCUGAUUAAUCCUGAUAUUCCUGAAGAAAUCAGUGAACCCAAGACUCAAGUGAAUGAGAAACUUUUAAUAAGUUCAACUAAUGAUGAGAAAACAACGUUAGGGUUUGUUAUACUCGUUGUUUAUGUGGAUGAUAUAAAUCUUAUUGUGACUCUAGAAGAGGUCCAAAAGGCAAUCGAAUAUCUAAAGAAAGAAUUCGAAAUGAAAGAUCUUGGAAAGACAAAACUUUGUCUUGGCCUGCAAAUUGAACAUUUAGCAAACAGAAUCUUCAUCCACCAAGCUGCCUAUACCCAAAAGGUUUUGAAACGAUUUUACAUGGACAAAGCAUAUCCAUUAAGUACUCCAAUGGUUGUUCGAUCACUUGAUGUAAGUAAAGAUCCAUUCCGAUCUCUGGAAGAGGGUGAAGAGAUUCUUGAUCCCGAAGUACCAUAUCUCAGUACUAUUGGUGCACUUGUGUACCUCGCUAAUGCUACAAGGCCGGAUAUAGCAUUUUCUGUUAAUUUGCUAGCAAGGUAUAGUUCUUCCCCUACGUGA